AUGAGCUCUCCGGUUCCCGAAUUCAAUUUUCUGAAACCAUCAUCUAGAAGACCAAUCAACGUUGGAAAAAAUUGCAAUGCAGAUGUCGAUCAAGCAAGAAGUUUCACAUCUUCUCAUACGAUCAAAGAGCUUAAUAGGUUACAAGCUUAUGGGUUAGAUAUCCCUAACGACGACGUCGAAGCUGAACGUUUACUGCAUGACGAAAAUUCACCAUUUUUUGCAACUGAUAAAAUUAGAAAGUUGAAAAAUAAGUUAGUAUUGCCUUACGAAACAGAAACUAUCAGAGAUCAGUAUAAGUACUUGAGCCAUAUUAUUUCACACAUCUACAUUGCGGUGAAAAGUUUGGACUUGAAAAGUAACUUAACGAUAAGUGUGGAAGAUUUGGAGGCAGCAAAGGAAGUAAUCAUUAAUAAUAGAGAUUCAGAUAGCUAUAUUCGCUCUGCUGUUGGAUCAGUUGGUGAUGGCCAGAAAUUUGAAACUCUUCAUCACAACGAGAGUGAAGCUAUAGAAGACGAUGAAGAUGAGGAUGACAUGAGCGAUUACUACGAUAGUUCCGACGAGGAAGAUGAGGACGCUGCAAACUCUACUCCGGUCAUGAAAGUAGAACCCGAAUCAGCAUCCAUUAUUUCUUUGAAAUACUGGACUAAGGAAUUGAAAAAUUUAUUGAAAAUGGGUUUGUCGAUUCCGCUAUCCAUUGCUCAAAAACUUAUUAAAGUUUUUUAUGCUAUUUGUUUAUCCAGAGGACAAAAUGUCGACAUUAUUUUCUACACGCAGGUUCUUACUCUAUUGACAAGGGAAAAGAAAUUGCUUAUAAGAAGUGGAUUUCGCUUGGAAUGGGAACCUGUCUAUGCUGAAUUCUCCACAACGUUAGGCAACCCUACUACUUUUGGCCCCUCAAUGAAGGAUUCGAGAUUCAAGAAACUGAUUUCUUUUGCAUUAACAGUGAAACCAUUUUUCCCUGACGGUUGUAUUCCUGCUUUAAUGGAAAAAAUUGUGUCUAAACUUACCGUCCAAACAGUCUCACCUUCUUUGAUACAUCUCACUGUGAUGCUUCCUAUGCAGUUCAAGAAACCAAUAAUCAAUCCUGAUGGGUCAGUCGAAUACGAUGAAACAGAUGUGCGCCACUAUUUACCUGUUUUGUUUGAUCUUUGGAUCAAUCAUAAAUCUGAUAAGGAAAUUAAUUGUUUGCUUUCAAUAAUAAUGAACAUUGCUGUUGAAAAUUUGAAGCAAGGUGCAGCCAAUAACACUAUUUUGCACCGUGGAGUUUACGGAAUUUUUACAAAACAUCAGUAUAAAUACAUCAUGAACCAGUUAUUUCUUUCAUCUCAGAUACGCCAUAAAGACAACAAAAUGGUGAAAUAUUGCAGGACUCUCUCACAGUUGAUUAUCAAUUCGCUUAGUGCUCAACAUGCAUUUGAGAAUGAAGGAGUGGUUGAUUUUUUGAAAACUUAUGUUGAUGCUAUUUUCACAAUGAUACACCCAUCAAAUUCGGGACCUUGGUCUGCGGUAUUGUCAGAAGUUGUUAAAAAGUUAGCGGUAAGUUUACAUUUUAGAGUCCAAGGUGAAAAGGAGUGUAGAGAUUUAGUUCCGCUUUACCAUCCUAACUAUUCCGCUCUCCCUGAUACUGUCAAACUUGAUGACAAAAUUAUUGAGUGUGUAGUAAAGACGCUACUUCCUUUGAUACGUCUAGGAUCACAAUCAAAAUCGGCAGCUCAAAGGAGACACUAUAACGAGGCUUUACAAGCCUUAUGUUAUAUCAAACCUAGCCUGGUAUUAGACAGCUUAUUACCUGAUUGGUACUCUUCAUUUGAAUCUGUAAAUUCGACUCACAGAAUCCCGAUUGUUAUAAAUCAGUUAGCUCAACUGGCCAGGUAUAUGGUUCAAUUGCCUGUUUAUAGAGUUCAUCUUCCCAGAUUUUUAUCAAUGUUGAUACCAGCAAUUGACUCAAAUGACCCAGAGAAGACUAUACUUACAACAGAUUUUAUUACCAUUGUUGCUGCUGUUAUUCCAUUUGCAGAUUUGACAGAAGGUUCUGGGGAUGGCGGACUAUGCGCUAUUGACUUCACUUCUCAACAUCUGUCAUACUUGGAAGCUAAGUUUUAUGAGCUUGCUCCGGCAAGCAGCCAACUAGGUGAAUUUGAAAUACCUGACAAGUUCAAGUAUGACUCUGAAUUUGAGCUUGCCGCGUUAGAGUCUGCAUCCUCUUCUUUUAAGGAAUUUUUGAUGCAGUUUUGUGAUAACUGUUUCAAGUUCUUAGAGCUGGCACCUGCCAUUGAUAAUACUAGCACCAUAGAAUCACAAGCAUGUGCUUUGAUUUCUUAUUGUUUUGAGGCAUUGAUUGAAUCAAUGAGCGAUGACCUUUUUGACGCUGUUGCUGAUAAAUUUUUCCAAUAUGUUAGUAAUAAUGUAAGGCAUGAAGUGGCCCUUGUUUUCUGCAACAUUUCUGAAGCAAUUGUAAGAAGGAACCCAAAAACACAAUUGAAACGAAUAAUGGAUUUCUUCAUGCCUCAUGUGAUUACUGAAAUUGAAAACGGUGCAGGCCUUUCAAGAUCUCAAGAAGUAUUGGGUAAAGAUCAGCGAUUAAUUUGGAACUUAAGAAUUCUAGCAGGGGCAAUAUCCGGGGCUGGAACUGAGAUCUUACCGUACUUGGAUGAUUUGGAAAAGUUUUUGGUACAACACACAUAUCAGUUGAGAGGAACAGCAGGAUUAUGUGCUGCAAUGAUUGCAAAUUGUGCAUUCUCGACUAUUUCAUACUUAAAACCAUUGGAAAGACGCUUAAUAUCACAAACAUGGCUUGAUGAGCAUGGUGGUAAAUAUUCAGCGGAAUGCUGGGGUGGUUUCCAGUUUUCCGAUAUCAGAUUUGAUCCCAAAUAUCUUGAUUUCAAAUGGUAUAAGCCUGGCUCCACUGAAGUCGAUGCAGUUCUUCCAACACGUGCUCCAACACCUACACUUACAGACUCAAUUGAAGCUGUGGAUUCGACCCUUACUAAAAGAUCGGAUAUUUUAUAUACGUAUGGUCCUCAUUUCUCAAACAACGUAUUGGCAAAAACUUUAAAUCCAUCGUACCAGAAGUUACACCAUACCAGAAACUUGAUUGGAAACUGUUUACAUGAAUUGGUGAAAGCUUUGGUCAAAAAAGACGGAUCAAUUGAAUUGAUUGGAAAAGUAAUCCAAUGUAUCAGUACAUGGUUGAAUGAUUGUGGUUAUUAUAGCAGUGAUAAUGAACUCUACACGGAUAACUUACAUUUUAUUUCAGUUCUUGAUUUGCCUGGAGUAUUUGCUCCAUAUACGAGAACGAUUCUGGGUUCCCGAUUAGCUGUUUAUCACUGCAGCAGGAUUAACAUAUCUUGCUGUACCCGUUUGCCCACAAAGCUUGACAAGUUGUUGAUCAGAGAUCUAGUUUCACUUGCGGCUUCUCCUUAUGGCAUAACUGCUAGCCAUUCUGCCUCAGUAUUAGGUAUGUCUUUGAACAGGGUGAUGAAUUGUACUAGUGUUGUUUUCAAUAUAUUCAAAGAUUGGGAGCAUGCAUUACUCAAUAAGGAUAAGGAAAUUUUGUUGAAUAUUAUGAUUAUGUUUGAUAAGAAAAAGUUAAGGGGAUUAGUUGAAAAGAGUUCUUCAAUGCUACUGAAGUAUGAAGAUUUACUAUUUAGAUCGGCAGAGCUAAAUGAAGAGGAAGUGACAGUGAUGACCAUGAGGUUAUUUAAAUCAAUCAAAAAGUAUGUCAAAAUACCAGCCGCCGUAUGCCUUGUGGACGAAAAACUCCUUGAAAGUAUAAGGCCUCCAGAUCCAGAUGUAGAUUUCAAGAUUGAAACUUUGAAAUUAGCAAAAUCCAAAAAGAGAGCUAUGUUACUGUCACUGUUGUCAAAACUAGUUCACACCUCACUUUCUCGUUUAUCAAAAAAACUCAACUGGAAGCUAAUGCUAUUAGUCAUGGAAUUGAUUACAACAAUUCAAUCGCACAUUGAAAUACCACUAGAGAGUGACGUUCUUUUGACUUUGGUAAAAUUUGUCGAUGGGUCGCAUCCAGAAAUAUCCAAAAAAGGUAUGUUUUGGAUUGCGUCCAUCAUGGAUACUGUUCAAUCCAGAGCUUUCAGUAAAUAUGAUAUUGGUGACCUGCUUUCUUUGAAGCCCAGCGAUCCUACGAUUGGCCCUUUGAAAGAUAUCUUACCAGAUAACUGCUCACAGUCUUUUUUCCAUGAAAUUAGAAAUAUUGAGAAUCCACUGUUUUUCAUUGAUACUAAAGAGUGGAUUCCUACUUCACCUUGGAACAAAGAACUUGAAGUUGUAAAACCAUAUGAAAGUUCCAGCUUUGGUUAUAAUGAUAGUGACGAACGGUCAAUUAAGCAAUUUGCAUCGAAAAUAAACAAAAAGUGGUUACAGAUGCUUUUGCAAACGCAUAUUGAUGAAUCAGAAGUUACAUGUGCUUUCUUUCCUGGGAUUGUAUACUUUUUCAGUUCAAUCACCAGCUUGAUAAUAUCUGGCUACGUUGAAGACUUUACACUAACUGAUCUUUUUGAAAUCACAGAUAAAAUUUACAAGGGAGAUGAGAGGUCAACACAUGUUGUUUUAGGUGAAGUUUUUUCAGGUAUCUUAUUUGCUUGCAAAACUAACCAUGUGGCAAUGAAGUUUGCCGAUAAAGAAAUAGCUAACAGAUUGAAGUCUAUCUUUGAUAACGACUUAUCACAGUCGACUUACAAAAUGUGGUCUAUUUUUUCUUGGUGGCUCUCAAGUCACUUUGAUAUGAGAAGAACCCCCGAGAUCCUUGAUCUAAUUUGCGAUUUUGAAGUUGACAAGAAUGUCAAAAGAUCACCAUUUGGCUUGAUAUGCCGCUUGUCUUUCCUUAAAAGUUAUUUGGGCUCUGAGAUGAAUAGGUUUCAUAACUUUGAAGAAAUCGCUCACAAAAUGUUCACGAUUUUAGCUCAUCCUUACGAUAGUGUUUCAAAAGAGGUAUCUGCUAUACUUUUUGAUGUUCUUUACUAUGAAUCCACUGACUGUAUUGAUACAUUUGACCAAUUCAUGGCUGAAGUGAAAAAAGACCAAACCGGUUCAGGGCACAUUGAGCAUAAGAAGAACGUUUUGUUUAUUGAGCAUCUGAAGUUGUUCAUGUCAAAGACACUUGAACUAGCUAAAGAAAACGAGGGAAAAACUCCACAAGAAAUAGUUAAUUCCGACUUCAUGUUCCACAUAAAAGGCCUCAGCACAUUACUCUUGAGAAUAUUAAAGACAUCAAUGAAUACAACUAUUGUUGAUUUUAUAUGUCCAUAUAUUCUUCCUCUUGCUUUAGAGCUAGACAAAGUCAAGGAUGCUUGCAAAUUAGCCGAGAUUAGUGUUGAUGCUUUAUUUUUGAUCCUUGGCAGUAUUAGGUUUAGUGAUGCUCAGAAUGAAGAGAUAAUCAAUCUUUUAGAAACAAAUUUGGGCUGGAAUACUCCAAAGUUGACUCAAUACAAACACAUUUUGGCAUUUUUCGGAGUUUACGGUACGGUGAGAUUCCUAGAAAGAACAUCAGGCCAGAGAAAGAAAUUAAUGGAAAUUACUUCUUCUAUGCUUUUUAAUCAACAUCUUUAUUUGAGGGAACAAUACAGUUAUAACAUAAAGCUUUUCAUUCACUUAUUUCUAGAUUCUGAGAGGGAAGAGGUCAUUAAUUUCUAUAUCAAGAAAUUCAAGAAAAUUAUCAGGAAAAAUAGGCAAGAGAAAGACAUCAAACUUACAGUAGAACAAACUAAUUUAGUUCAUGGUGCUACUCUUGGGCUUUGUGCACUCGUUGAGGCUUAUCCAUAUACUACUCCCCCACCCAAAUGGUUACCUGAGGUUUUGACUAUCUUGGAAGUGAAAUGUACUGGUUACAGUGGCAUAGUCAGCAGAGCCGCAAAGGAUACAUUGAGUCAAUUUAAGAAGACAAGACAAGAUACUUGGCACAUUGAUUCCAAGUUCUUUACUGAAGAACAGUUAGAAGAUCUUGAGGGAGUACUCUAUAAAUCUUACUAUCUAUAA